GGAAAUAUGCCACAAAUCAAACUUCUCCACUUUUUAUCGAUUUUAUAUGAAUAAAUUGCACUUCUGAUGCAUCCUGAUCAAACAGACUUAUAUCAUGGGAUCCAACCAUGCAUAUACAUUGGCAACUGCACUCGUACUACUUACACUCAUUGCUAGGACCCUGGCAAAGAUAAACAAGAUAUAUCACCAUGGUAACAUCGCCAGGGAAAUUGAUACUCUAAGUUGGGCAGUCGAGAUCAAAUCAGGUACCAAUUCGAAGGAUGUCCUAGAUGAUUUAGCAUAUGCUGUUGCCUUGGAUACUGGAUUAACCAAUCAUGGCCAGAUUGGCAAAUUAAAAGGCCAUUAUUUAUUUUACCAUACAGAUCAUGAUGCUUUUAUGAAAACUUUUCAAAUGGAGUACUACAACCAUUCCGAGUCGCUACUUAGGUACAUUGAAAAAGAUGCUGAUAUUUUGAAUGAAGUCAGGGAGAAAACUGAGCUUAUAUUGAAUAAACAUCCUUAUGUAGAAUCUGCAUUACAACAAGUGAUACGAGCAAGACACAAGAGGUCAAUAAACUUCAAUGACCCUGCUUAUCCCAGACAGUGGCAUUUGCACAAUCACCAAGAUGCAGGAAUGGAUAUUAAUAUUACAGGUGUAUGGGAACACAAUAUUACAGGGUACAACAUCACAGUUGCAGUAGUAGAUGAUGGUCUCCAGUGGGACAUCAAAGAUUUGAAAGACAACUACAAUGCUAGAGGGAGUUAUGACCUCAAUGGAAAUGAUCCAGACCCCAUGCCAAGUCCAAGUAAAGGUCAGAAUCAUCAUGGCACAAGAUGUGCAGGGGAGAUAGCUGCUGUUGCUAACAAUGACUUCUGUGCAGUUGGUGUUGCUUAUGGCUCAAAGAUAUCAGGACUAAGGGUGUUGGAUGGCCCAAUGACAGACAGCUUAGAGGCAGAUGCAUUCAACAUGAACAUGGAGGUGAAUGAUGUGUACAGUUGUAGCUGGGGGCCAGAUGAUGAUGGGAAGACAGUAGAUGGACCACAUUACCUUGCCCAGGCUGCUAUGAAACAUGGUGUGGUUUAUGGUAGAGGUGGUUAUGGGAGUGUUUAUGUGGUUGCUAGCGGUAACGGUGGUAACAUUGGUGACAACUGUAACUAUGAUGGUUAUGCUAGCUCUCUGUACACUGUAACUAUAGGUGCUGUAGAUGAGCAAGGUGUGAUGCCUUACUAUGCUGAGGAAUGUGCUUCAAUGUUGGCUGUAACAUUUAGCAGUGGCAGUGGAUACAGGAGGAGUAUAGUGACAAGUGACUGGACAAUGAAGGGGGGUUCAGGGUGUACUGACAGCCACUCAGGGACAAGUGCAGCUGCCCCAUUGGCUGCGGGAAUGGUUGCUCUCAUGCUAGAUACCAACCCUUGCCUUACUUGGAGAGAUAUACAGUACAUUAUUGUAUUAACCUCAGUCAAGGUAGAUGUUGAUCUAGCCCACUGGCAGACAAAUGCCGCUGGAUUACACCAUAGCCACAAACAUGGAUUUGGUCUGAUGAAUGCAUGGCGUCUGGUCAAUACAGCCAAGGUAUGGCGUAGUCUUCCAUGGAUGAGCUCAUAUGCAUCAAGCAAGAUGCAACAUGAUGAGGAAAUACCUAAAGAACCAAACAGCCUAAAGUUGAAAUAUGAAGUGACAGAGGAAAUGUUAAGUGGCUUUGAGUUAAACACACUUGAGUAUGUCCAAGUAUCUGUGAGCCUAGACCACCAACACAGAGGACAUGUUAAGAUUCUCCUCUUAGACCCGCAUGGUGCUAUAUCUGUGCUAGGUGCCCCCAGACCACAUGAUAGUUCUGGAGCUGGUCUGAGAGAUUGGCUGUUUAGUACUGUGAGGUGCUGGGGCCAGGUACCCUAUGGUGAAUGGACAUUAGUCAUCUCUGACACAGGUCCCAAACACAUCCCAGCUGGUAAGAUGUUGUCAUGGCAACUGAGACUUUAUGGAUCAUCCUUGACAGCUGAAGAUGUUGCAGAAAGAAAGAGGCUGGUAGAAGAUGCAUGUAGCGGGGGUAUACUAGGUUCCAAUAGAUCGGCUGUGUGUAGCCCACCCCCUGUUGUGGCCCCAGUAUAUGAACCUAUGGCUGAAAGGACAAUCAAAGUGCUUGUAUUGGCCAGUGCCUUCUGUUUGUUUAUGGCCUUAUAUGAAACCUGGGAAUAUGCAUUUUGCUACAAUGAUGAGAAAAAAGAACAUGAACGAAAAUGGAAAAUAUUUGUACGUGCUCAUCGGGAAAGUACUCGAAUUCAGGCUGGUAAUGACAGUCGUGGUAAUUAUGAAGCCAUUGAAAUGUCAGAGAGGACACAUUUAAUUGAUGACACCCCUAGGGAAGAUGAAGAAGAGACUAUAUUCAUUCAACCACAAAGACACACACAAAAUGAUGACAUCACAACAGUAAAUGAUGACAUCCUAGAUAAUGGUGAUAUCUCAAAUUUAAGUAUUAUUGAAAACAAUGACACUUACGACGAUGACGCUAAUGAUAAUACACCAUUACUUCCACGAGGUAAAAAUCCACUCCAAAAUGGUGACAUUGCAUUAGCUCAUAAACAAUCUGAAUCUGAAAAUGGUGCAACUGGUGUUUGCAAAGUGCCUAAUAACAUAAAUGCUCAUAAAAAUACCACAGAUGGUGGAGGUGAUACAAACAAACUGACAUCUAGUCAAGCAUUAGUCUUUCAACCCCAGCUUGAGGGGGAAUCUGCAGUAGGAGAUGCUUCGCUUUUUAGUAAUUUUGAAAUCCCAAGAGAAAUUCUCGAGACAUUGACUGAGGAUGAAAUCAAACUCAACAUGAAUAUGGGGAAGUGAUAUACAUGUAGAUGUUGUAUAUUUUUUCCAGGUUUUAUACAUAUCGAAUUUGGUUAUGAUUUGAAUCAUGUAGGAAC